AUGAGAAAUAAAAUAAAAGGUACAUCUGUUCGUCCUCGUUUUUAUGUUUUUAGAUCAAACAAACAUAUUUAUGCGCAAAUAAUUGAUGAUACAAAUAAUACUGUACUAACUAGCAGUUCAAGUAUUUCUCAAGAUAUAAAAAUCAAUUAUAAGGUUAAACUUUACGGAAACUGUAAAAUCUCAAAAGUUAUUGGCUGCGAUAUAGCAAAUAAAGCUCUAAAAAAAGGAAUUACUCAAGUAGUAUUUGACCGUGGCCAUAAAUUAUACCAUGGAAGAAUUAAAGCAUUGGCUGAAGCUGCUAGAGAACAAGGAAUAAAAUUUUAA